UGCCGGCCUCCUCCCUCGGCGCCGCGGCCAUGGCGGCCAGCGCGAAGCGGAAGCAGGAGGAGAAGCACCUGAAGAUGCUGCGGGACAUGACCGGCCUCCCGCACAACCGCAAGUGCUUCGACUGCGACCAGCGCGGCCCCACCUACGUGAACAUGACGGUCGGCUCCUUCGUCUGCACCUCCUGCUCCGGCAGCCUGCGAGGGUUAAAUCCACCGCAUAGGGUGAAAUCUAUCUCCAUGACAACAUUUACACAACAGGAAAUUGAAUUCCUACAAAAACAUGGAAAUGAAGUCUGUAAACAGAUUUGGCUAGGAUUAUUUGAUGAUAGAUCUUCAGCAAUUCCAGACUUCAGGGAUCCACAAAAAGUGAAAGAAUUUCUACAAGAAAAAUAUGAAAAGAAAAGAUGGUAUGUCCCACCAGAACAAGCCAAAGUGGUGGCAUCAGUUCAUGCAUCUAUUUCAGGCUCCUCUGCCAGUAGCACAAGCAGCACACCUGAGGUCAAACCACUGAAGUCUCUCUUAGGAGAUUCUACACCAGCACUACACUUAAAUAAGGGCACCCCUAGUCAGUCCCCAGUUGUAGGUCGCUCUCAAGGGCAGCAGCAGGAAAAGAAGCAGUUUGACCUUUUAAGUGAUCUUGGCUCAGACAUCUUUGCUGCUCCAACCCCUCAGUCAACAGCCACAGCCAAUUUUGCUAAUUUUGCACAUUUCAACAGUCAUGCAGCUCAGAAUUCUGCAAAUGCAGAUUUUGCAAACUUUGAUGCAUUUGGACAGUCUAGUGGUUCGAGUAAUUUUGGAGGUUUCCCCACAGCAAGUCACUCUCCUUUUCAGCCCCAAACUACAGGUGGAAGUGCUGGAUCCAUAAAUGCUAAUUUUGCUCAUUUUGAUAACUUCCCCAAAUCCUCCAGUGCUGAUUUUGGAACCUUCAACACUUCCCAGAGUCAUCAGACAGCAUCAGUUGUUAGUAAAGUUUCAACAAACAAAGCUGGUUUACCGACAGCAGACAAAUAUGCAGCCCUUGCUAAUUUAGACAACAUCUUCAGUGCUGGGCAAGGUGGUGAUCAGGGGAGUGGCUUUGGGACGACAAGUAAAGCUCCUGCUGGUUCUGUGGUUUCAGUUCCCAGCCAGUCUAGUGCAUCUUCAGACAAGUAUGCAGCCCUGGCAGAACUAGACAGCGUUUUCAGUUCUGCAGCCACCUCCAGUAAUGCGUAUACUUCCACAAGUAAUGCUAGCAGCAAUGUUUUUGGAACAGUGCCAGUGGGUGCUUCUGCACAGACACAGCCAGCUGCCUCAAGCGUGCCUGCUCCAUUUGGAGCUACACCUUCCACAAAUCCAUUUGUUGCUGCUGCUGGUCCUUCUGUGGCAUCUUCUACAAAUCCAUUUCAGACCAACGCCAGAGGAGCAACAGCGGCAACCUUUGGCACUGCAUCAAUGAGCAUGCCUGCGGGCUUCGGCACUCCUGCCCCCUAUAGUCUUCCCACCAGCUUUAGUGGCAGUUUCCAGCAACCUGCCUUCCCAGCCCAAGCAACUUUCCCUCAACAGACAGCUUUUUCUCAACAGCCCAAUGGUGCAGGUUUUGCAGCUUUUGGACAAACAAAGCCAGUGGUAACCCCUUUUGGUCAAGUUGCAGCUGCUGGAGUAUCUAGUAAUCCUUUUAUGACUGGUGCGCCAACAGGACAGUUUCCAACAGGAAGCUCAUCAACCAAUCCUUUCUUAUAGCCUUAUAUAGACACUUUACUGGAACGAACUUUUAUGUGGUCGUAUUACAUCUCUCCGCCUCUUGCACUGUUGUCUUGUUUCACUGAUCUUAGCUUUAAACACAAGAGAAGUCUUUAAAAAGCCUGCAUUGUGUAUUAAACACCAGGUAAUAUGUGCAAAACAGAGGGCUCCAGUAACAGCUUUUAACCUGUUGAAUUGGCAGAAAGAGCUAGCGGUAUCAUGUAUAUUAAAAAUUGGCUAAUGUUAAGUUAUUGCAGAUACCACAUUCAUUAUGCUGCAGUACUGUACAUAUUUUUCUUAGAAAUUAGCUAUUUGUGCAUAUCAGUAUUUGUAACUUUAACACAUUAUGUGAGAAACGUUACUGGGGAAAUAGAUCAGCCACUUUUAAGGUGCUGUCAUAUAUCUUGGAAUGAAUGACCUAAAAUCAUUUUAACCAUUGCUACUGGAAAGUUACAAAGUCAAAAUUGGAAGGUUUUAUUCAUUCUCGAAUUUUUCCUUUCUAAAGAGCUCUUCUAUUUAUACAUGCCUAAAUUCUUUAAAAAUGUAGAGGGAUUCCUGUCUGCAUAAUAAAGCUGAUCAUGUUUUGCUACAGUUUGCAGGUGAAAAAAAAUAAAUAAUAGAAAAUA